AUGCUCUGCCCUCGACCUUACAGCGUCAGUCGCCAAUUGACGAGUGCAUUCCAAAUUCACAACCGCAUCAACACUCGCGCAGUCACUCAACACCACCACGCCUUCUCAACUGCAACUCCUUACCAAUCCCACAAACCCACACAACCAUGCCGCCCAAAACGCAUUGUAAUCGGCAUAACCGGCGCAACAGGCACCAUCUACGCCGUCCGCCUCCUCGAAAUCCUACGUGACCUAUCCAUAGAAACACACCUGAUAAUGAGCAAAUGGGCCCAUACAACUCUCAAAUACGAGACCGACAGGACAGAAGCCGAAAUCCAUUCCCUCGCCUCCAGAGUCUACACGGCACGCGACAUGACGGCUCCAAUUGCCAGUGGAUCCUUCCUGCACGACGGCAUGAUCAUAGUGCCCUGUAGCAUGAAGACGCUCGCCGCUGUGCGCAUAGGCUUUUGCGACGAUCUGAUCUCACGCGCCGCUGAUGUGACGUUGAAGGAGCGCCGGACGCUGAUGCUGGUGCCGCGCGAGACGCCGCUGAGCGAUAUCCACCUGGAGAAUCUGUUGGCGGUAAGGAGGAUGGGGGCUGUGGUUUUCCCGCCCAUGCCUGCAUUUUAUACGCGGCCGAAGAGCCUGGAGGAGAUGGUGGAGCAGAGUGUUGGGCGCAUGUUGGAUAAUUUCGGCAUUCAUACUGAUGGGUUUGAGAGGUGGAAUGGUUGUGAUUGGAAGAAUAAAUGA